AUGGCAGUCUUCUCCUCUUCAUCGGUCACAACCCUACAGAGACACUCUCCAGUCUUCUCAGUAACCUUGGCUUCUGUUUCCUGCGCUUCUAAAGCAGAUCUAGGAAGACGCACCUCCACUCCAGCACCCCAGAGCAAAAUCCCUUCUGAUGGGAAACUGCAGCGUAAGCAGAAACACAGAGAGUCGACACCCCAAGAUGAAUAUGUGAAGAAACUGAGAACUCGCUCGGUUCAGAAUCUUUCUGCACAAGAUAGGCGACCACUUCCUGUGGGAUAUACAGCGACUCCACAUCCUGACAGUUCUGCAACCCAGGGCAACUUCAUUUCCCUACAAACUCCCCAGCAGAUUCCUUCAGAGCAGAUCUUGUAUCACUGUACUGAAUGUGGCACCAAUUUCAGUGACCGGGGAAAGCUGAAAAUACACCAGCGUAGUCACACAGGAGAGAAACCAUAUGAGUGUCCUGACUGUGGGAGGAGUUUUAAUCAGAAAUGUAACCUUCAAACCCACCAGCUAACUCACACAGGAGAGAAACCGUUUCACUGUGCAGAUUGUGGGAAGGGUUUUAAUCAGAAAGUACACCUUCAAACACACCAGCGAAUUCACACGGGAGAGAAACCGUUUCACUGUGCAGAGUGUGGGAAGACAUUCAGAUUUGCAACUGGAUUAAAAGUACACCAACGUAUUCACACAGGAGUGAAAACAUACGAGUGUCCUGACUGUGGGAAGGGUUUUAAUCAGAAAGGUGAUCUUCAAGCACACCAGCGAAUUCACAAGGGAGAGAAACCGUUUCAAUGUGCUGAUUGUGGGAGGCGUUUUAAUCAGAAAGGUGCUCUUCAAAAUCACCAGCGAACUCACACAGGAGAGAAACCGUAUGAGUGUCCUGACUGUGGGAGGCGUUUCAGUUACAAAUGUAACCUUCAAACACACCAGCGAAUUCACAAGGGAGAGAAACCGUUUCACUGUGCUGAUUGUGGGAAGAGUUUUAAUAAGAAAGGUGCUCUUCAAAAUCACCAGCGAACUCACACAGGAGAGAAACCGUACGAGUGUCCUGACUGUGGGAGGUUUUUUAAUCAGAAAUGUAACCUUCAAACACACCAGCGAAUUCACACAGGAUUGAAACCGUAUGUGAGUCCAGUAUGUGGGAGGAGUUUCAGUCGAAGACGCAGCCUCAGAACACACCACAUAACCCACACUGGAGUGAAACCUUUUGAGUGUAGUGAGUGUGGGAAGAGAUUUGUAGAGUCAAAAAAACUAAAGAAACACAGUCUAGUUCACAGAGAUUGUCAGUCAGGACACUUAAAAACAAAAAAAAGAAUUUAGUUUACUCAAUAAAAGCAUCUCAAUCACACCAGAAUACCAAAGCAGACCCUGCGUCUCUGUCGUCGGUUUCAAAUGCAGGCAACUGUGAAAAUAAACUAAUUCAACUCAAAAAAUCCCAAGCCUGCUGUGCAUGCAAAUGAUUGUAGCCCUGUUUCCUACAGCAGUGCUUCUGAAACUGUGGAGGCACGGAAUGUACCCUGGGGUUAAAUGCAUUUGUGUGAAUUACAAGUUGGGCUACAGAAAUAGUACAGAAUAACCCAGGAUGGCAGUGAGGACAUUUUGAUUUGUAAAAUGAUAUUCAAGUGUACUUUUUUUUUCCUUUGCCAGCAGUUAUUCUUGUGGAUGAACACUGUUGUCUAAAAGUAACUGACAUCCAAAAAUUAUAAACUGCACUUGGUGUCCAAAAGGUGUAUUUUGUGAAAUAAAUGCUUUAAUUUAAUAGA